UAUAUUUAGUGCAGUCGUGUCGUUCGGUCGUUCUAACGGUAGAUACAGCCGCAUAGCUUUGGCUCAGUGUAAAGACAUUUCUCCCACACAUAUACAGCCACACAAAUAGCCAGUUCUCAUACACAUGCACGUGCUGUGUGUGUGUGUUUGUGUGCGACAACGAGCUGAAAGUAAAAGUUAUUCAAUGUGCAAUGUGUGAUUUUAAAGCAUUUUGCAAGACUUCCGCAAAGGAUCCAACGAACUAACAUUAUGUUAAACAAUUGAAAAACAAAAUUCACUUAACUCGCGACAAUUACAACAACAUUAGACACGCUCAGGUGCAACAUUCGCGAAAAGAAAAAAAGCUGCCGACGACACAGAAGGACGAAGGACGAGACACGAAGGACAAUUCGCAAUCAGUACGCUGCGCCGGCCGCUAAUGAAGAUGAAGUUAUGCCCAGCGAUAUCGUGUUAAAGUAGAAUUAAAUAGAAUAUAAAUCGCUGGAAAAAUGACAGCGAUUUCUCAGCACCAGCCGAGCAGAACAAAUGCUAAGUAGUUUGCCAGCAGGCCAGCAGGACUAAGGACAACAACAACAACAACAACAACAAGAGCAGCCGCAGCUCAAGCUUGAACCGGAACAGGAACAGGAAUCGGGCGUAGGCAGAGUCCCGAGCAAGCCGGGCAAUUUGUAAGCCGGCUUUCGGCAAUUUCACGCAUCGCGGCGGUAUGGCGGCAGGCGCUAAUAAGGCGACCAGCCACGCCCCCAAGUUGUACAGUUGCCAAAAAGAUGGCCAAGCCCAACUAGAAUCAAGUGCGCACAACAGUAACAGCAACAACAACAACUGAGCGAGAGAGCGAACAGGACUAACCAACAAGGACGAGUGAAAUAUUAUGGCAACUUUUCAAAUGGAAACGCGCCAGCGGCAGCCGCAACAAACGAAUUUAAAACAACGACAAAGACAACGUUCAACAGGGCAAGGGCAAGGGCAAGGGCAAGGCCAAGGGGAAGCGGAAGAGCAACCGGAACGGGAACGAGAGACAUUCACAAAUUGCACACGUCUGUGGCCCACCUGCUCAACGGUAGCCAGCGUCGAGUGCAGCAGCCGGAGCAGCAGAAGCAGCUGCUGCCAGCGGGCUCUGAUAAUGCUCAGCCUGUUCGUGGUUGUCAUCGUUGUGAUAUCCGGCAAUGGCGUGCUCGCCGCGCAGCGUGACGCGCAUAAAUCAAAGGACAUGAGCAGCAGCAAUAAUGCCAUACCAAGUGAAGGCGACGCAGCUGCGGCCGCAGCUGCUGCAGCUGCAGAUGGUGUUGCCGGAAGCGGAAGCAUGACCAGCACAACCAACAGCAACGGAAGCAACAGAAAUGGCCAUGCGACAGUCGCUGGCCAAGCCAUGACAACCGACAGCAGCUCCAGUUCCAGCUCCAGCUCCAGCUCCAGCUCCAACUCGAAAUCGAACUCCAACUCCAACUCUGGCUCUAGCAUAUCAACAACAACGGCAAGAAGCGGCAUAGCCAGCAGUAGUCUGCACAGAGGGAACUCGAUAGCAUCGCUGGCCGCCGCUGCCGGCAUCAAUCGGAACAGCAUCGAUCUGGGCGAGGACUCGCGCAGCAGUGGACCGUACUUCGACAGGAAUGCCUCGAAGAAUGUGACCGCGCUGCUGGGCAAGACGGCCUAUUUGAAUUGUCGCGUCAAGAAUCUGGGCAAUAAAACUAUGCUGCUGCAAGUCUCCUGGGUGCGACAUCGGGACAUACAUUUGCUAACAGUCGGCCGUUAUACGUACACAUCGGAUCAGCGCUUUCGGGCCAUACAUCAGCCCCAAACCGAAGACUGGAUGCUCCAAAUUAAAUACCCCCAACACCGAGACUCUGGCAUCUACGAGUGCCAAGUGUCAACCACUCCGCACAUGAGCCACUACAUCCACUUGACUGUUGUCGAGCCCUCAACGGAAAUAAUCGGCGCACCCGAUUUGUAUAUAGAAAGCGGCUCGACCAUAAAUCUCACCUGUGUCAUACUCAACUCACCGGAGCCGCCGGCCUAUAUCUUUUGGAAUCACAACAACGCUAUAAUCAACUAUGAUUCGCCUCGGGGCGGCGUUUCGGUGGUCACCAACAAAGGUGAGACGACGACAUCGUUCCUUCUGAUUAAAUCGGCUCGUCCAUCCGACUCCGGGCAUUAUCAGUGUAAUCCAUCAAAUGCAAAGCCCAAAAGCGUAACGGUACACGUGCUGAAUGGUGUUUCUCAUUCCGUUUCCAGGGGAGUUCCCAGCAGCAAUGCAGCACGCGGCACCAGCACAUCCUCCCAUGUCUCCAAGUCGCUAUCUCUUAGUGUACCUGUUUGUGUGCUGCUGCAGUUUGGCAUUUGUCAGGCACUCCAUGCGGCCCUCUGUGCUGCAGCCGCGGCGGCGAAGUCGACCCUGCGAUUUCGACGAAUCCCCACCAGCCGCAGCAGUUGUGCCGGACGAGGCGGUGGCCAGGCCGGUGUCAAAGCGUCUGUGUCGGUAUCAGGACUGCGACACAUCCUCAAAGGUAUUUUAAGUCUGCUCUACUCGCUGUUGAGCGUCACAUGGCGAGGGCGUGGCCCAUCCCAACAGCAACAACUUCAACAAUCAUCAACAGCAGGUGCAACGGCAACAGCAGGUGCAGCUGCAACUGCAACAACAGCGGCAACGUUUAGGCAAGUAUAUGAGGCAGACAUAAGGUGAGCAGCCAUUCAAAAUGAAAACGAAAGUAAAUAUAUAUAUAUAUAAAACAGAAACACUCUCUUAGACUCUAGACUAAUGCUAUAAAGUAAAUUCACACACACAUACAUAUACAUACACUUAUAUGAUAACAACUUAGCCUAACUAACUCAAAUAUACACAAACACGAACACACACACACACAUACGAACACAACAAUACAUACAUAAGCUGUAACUAUAUAAUAGUAACUACUAUGUAUAAUCUAUUGGCUAUUCCGUUUUUCUAUGAACCCCGUGACGUAUACGUAAUAAUUAUCCCGAAAAGUAAGCAAAGAAUAGAAAAACUAAAUACAGAGCCAAGUUGUCGCCUUUUCAAGUACAACUUUUGUAUCAUAUGGUCAAAACGGUUCUGUUGUCUAAAUUUUAGUUUCGAAUCUUGUAAAUAGGCCGAAUUGCGCUUCUAAGCCCGCCAAUUGAGUGAAGAAGUAUUUGGAUUAUCUUUCAAGGAAUUUGCCCCAAAACACAACUUCCCAACUUUUUGAUACAUCAAAUUAAUAUACAAAAGAACAUUCGCAAGAACUUUGUGUAGAGACUUAACCGACACGAACACUGCUCAAAACUUUUAAACAAUUUUCAGAACAAAUAUGAAAAACAAUGGGAAAACAAGCUAAAUGUUAAAAUGAAAGCGCUUUUCCAGAUGCCAUACUGUGACUAUUCCCAAUGCAAAAACUUAUUUUAUAAACUCAAAUAGGCGUAAAAAUAAAUGUUUAACGGCAAGCAACUCAACACACAUUAAGCAACAAAAAGAUAAACAAAAUAAUCAUAAUUAAUUCGAAAAAUAAAAAAAUUCAAAUGAAAAAUCUUCUAAAUGUUAAACUUCAACUGCGCAGCAAAAUUCAAGUACUGACUAAAGCAUAUACAAUAUAUAUAAAAAAAAUAUACAUAUUAAAUAAAAUAUAUAAUGAAAAAAAGAAACACUGUAAAAAUAAAUUCACUACGAAUGCAGCAAAAGCAAAAGUUAAACUUAGGAGAAAUGUUUGUCUAGAUGUUGAAGUCAUUGUCGCAAAGUUAUCCCGAACAUCAUAGGCAUUAAAUCAUAGGAACUAUGCAGAAGAUAUAUUCAAAUAUUCCUAUCAUAAGUUGCUUCAUUUUCAAAUUGUUUCUUUAAUGUGUGUAUAAAUGGCAUAAAUAUUGAUUAUAUAUUUAAGCUUAAUUGAGGUGCAAUUGGGUUGGCGCAAAAGGAGCUGAAGAACUGAGGUUAGAUUAAAUAUGUUCGAAUUCGUGUUGCACA